AUGGCUGCAGUCGUAUACAUGGUCGUGCACACGCCGUCCAAGGGCGCCAAAACUUCUCUCAUAUGCUCAAGAACAAAGGUAUCUCCAUUGAAGAGGCUCACUAUCCCAAGGCUAGAACUCACAGCAGCGCUGCUUCUUUCAAAAUUGGUGAAAUAUGUCCAUGCCACACUCAAGAUGGACAUCAAGGAAACAUAUCUAUGGACGGACUCUCAAGUGACGCUCACAUGGAUCAAAACACUCAUCUCGAUGGAAGGAUUAUGUGCGCAACAGGGUACAAUCAAUCCUGCUGACUGUGCAUCUCGUGGUGUAACAACAGCUCAACUUGAAGAUCACACCUUGUGGUGGGCAGGACCACCAUGGUUGGCUCAACCGAAAGAUCGCUGGCCCGCUCAGCCAACGUGCUCGGACGAGCAGUGUACAACAGAAUCACGCCCAGGAGUGUCACUCUUCAUAACUAACAUAAAGGUGGAUUACGACUGGGAUUUCAUCUAUAAGUAUUCAUCGCUCAAUCGACUGCUCAGAAUCACAGCUCUCUGUCAGGUAUUUAUUCGACGAUUGAGAAAUCGACACGAUGGCCCUCAAGCCUCACACAUCUCAGUCGCUGACUUAGAGCAAGCUAAGAUCUUCUGGAUCAAGGUUACACAAUCAACAUUUUUUGCACAUGUGCUGAAGAUGCUCAACUCACAAUCACGUCUAGCAACUUCUCAUCCAUUCAGUCGUCUCACAGCAUUUAUUGAUCAUCAAGGAGUUGCUCGUCUGGUCCCACCAACGGACACUACAUGGAGGAACGCAACUCACCUUGGCGCAUAUCAGGCAAUCAUAUUGGAUCAUCGGUGGACGUGCUCCAGUAAAAUCUCAUAUCUUGCGGUGUGUGGUGUGUGCUCGACAAAGGGGGAUUCGUGCCCAUCAACUGAUGGGCCAACUACCUCUGCCUCGGGUCACACCCUCACGCGCAUUCACGCAUACUGGAUCGAUUAUGCUGGACCGCUCACACUCAAAACAUGGAAGGGAAGAGGAGCCAAAACUCAUAAAGGAUGGAUUUGUGUGUUUGUCUGUCUCACCACAUCUGCAGUUCAUUUAGAAGUUGUUUCAGACUACUCAACGGACGGAUUCAUCUCAACGUACAGAAGAUUUGUCUCAAGAAGAGGCAUCCCUCAUUCACUGUACUCUGACUGUGGCACAAACUUUGUCGGAGCAGAGAAAUCACUCCAGACAUUGUUCACAGAAAGUUCUCAAGAUAACCGGCGCAUCUCAUCUCUGCUUGCUCAAGAUCGCACUCAAUGGAUUUUUAAUCCACCAGCUGCUCCACACAUGGGUGGCAAAUGGGAAGCAGUGGUAAAAUCACUCAAACACCACUUGCGUCGUACCAUAGGAGAGACGUUGCUCACAUUCGAAGAAACGACAACCCUGCUUGCUCAGAUUGAAGCGAUCUUGAACUCACGACCUCUCGAACCACUCAGCGACGACUCAGAUGACAUCUCAGCGCUCACCCCAGGACAUUUUCUCAUCGGAAGUGCUCUCACAUCAGUACCUGAGCCGUCACUGAAGGACUUGGCCACCUCAAGGUUAUCCCGAUGGCAAUUCAUACAACAGCGAGUACAGCAAUUUUGGUCUCAAUGGUCAGCUCAAUAUCUGCAACGACAACAAGCAAUCUCGAAGUGGCAUCACCCAUCCAACGCCAUACAAGUGGGCUCAUUGGUUCUCAUCACCGACGAGAGGCUCCCGCCAUGUAAGUGGCCAUUAGCCAGAGUCUCCACCCUGAUGCCAGCCAAGGAUGGACUCACCCGCGUAGUGACCCUGAAGACACCCACAACGACACUCAUCAGACCAAUCACCAAGCUGGCACCGCUGCCCAUUGCUCAUCAAGCUCAACAUCCGUAG